AUGGAGAAGAAAAUUACAGAGAAGAUUGCGGCUUUGCCGCCAGAUGCCAACUACUUCUCCCUGGAGUUCUUCCCUCCAAAGACCCGGAUGGGUUUCGCCAAUCUGUCUGCGCGUCUGGAGCGGAUGGCUCAGGCUCUGCGUCCGCUGUUUGUGACGGUCACCUGGGGUGCUGGUGGUAGCACAGCGGCACGAUCGCUCGAGUUGGCCGAAGUAUGCCAACGCCAGUUACAGUUAACGACGGUCCUGCACUUGACUUGUACCAACAUGAGCCGCAAGCUGGUUGAUAUGGCACUUGAUGAAGCCAAAGCUCUUGGAAUCCGCAACAUCCUGGCUCUGCGUGGAGACCCGCCCCGCAGUGAGGAGUACAACAUGCACGGAGAGGACGAUAGCAACAAGGACUUCACCUUUGCGGUUGACCUUGUCAAGUACAUUCGCAAGACGCAUGGGGACUACUUCUGUGUUGGUGUUGCUGCAUACCCCGAGGGCCAUCCCGCCGAUGCCUUCCAAGAUAUCCAGGAUCCGGCGAGAGACAUUCCCUAUCUGGUUGAGAAGACAGUCGCUGGCGCAGACUUCAUCAUGACCCAAUUGACAUACGAUAUCGAUGCUUACACCAAAUUUGAAGACAUGCUCCGCAACCAUGAGUCAGGUGCUUUUAAGACUAUUCCCAUCAUCCCGGGCUUGAUGCCCAUUCACAGCUACAAGAUCCUGACCCGGGUCACCAAGCUCAGCCACGUCACCAUCCCUCCCCCGAUCUCCCGACGUAUGGAAGAGCUGAAGCACGAUGAUGAUGCAGUCAAGCGUGCCGGUGUGGACAUUGUCAGUGAGAUCGUGGGUGGUAUCAAAGAUCUCCCCUGCCCUGGACCGCGGGGAUUCCACUUCUACACCUUGAACUUGGAGAAGACGGUGUCGUUCAUUUUGGAGCAAUCCGACUUGAUCCCUCCUUACUCAGAGAUGAACGACUCUGCUAUCGAGGAGGGUGCUCCUCUCGAUUUCCCCGGACGUACAUUGGGAAGAAGCCGUGCGUCGUCUAUGCACUCGCAGCCUCAUAACCGGGUUAUCGUGGACAAGCUAUCUGUGCACGAGUCAUCACAGGAUUCCGUGCACGAGGCCCUUGCAGACAGUGUAGGUAUGCCCAUGCAGCCCAACCGCAGCACUACUCUCCAGAUUUCUGAGGGUCUGGGCUCGCUUGGUAGAGAAGCAACAUGGGACGACUUCCCCAACGGACGAUGGGGUGAUGCUCGCUCGCCUGCUUUCGGCGAAAUCGACGGCUACGGCCCUUCGCUUCAUGUCACUUCCGCUGCCGCUCGCCGGCUAUGGGGACACCCAGUGGACUCAUCGGACAUGAGCACACUCUUCCGGCGCCACGUCUCGGGAGAGCUACACAUGGUCCCGUGGUCAGAGGGUGGUGCCGAAGAAGACGGUGGUGGCUUGAACGCCGAGACUGAACUGAUUCGCCCAGAGCUCCUCAAGCUCAUUGACGGCCGCGGUUGGUGGACCUUGGCCUCACAGCCCGCCGUGAAUGGCGUGAAGAGUGACCACCACAUCUUCGGCUGGGGCCCUCAGCGCGAGGGCUUCGUCUUCCAGAAGCCUUUCGUCGAGUUCUUCUGCUCGAACAACGACUACAAAAAUAUCCUCAAGCCACUGUUCGCCCAGCACGGUCACGACAAGCUGACCUGGUUCGCUACAAACAUCACAGGAGCCUUUGAAUCCUCGCUUCCAGCCCAGCCUGCCGAUGUCGAGCUGGACGACCUCGGUUCCAACCCAGAGAGCGUCAACGCCGUCACAUGGGGCGUGUUCCGCGGUAAGGAAAUCGUGACACCCACCAUCAUCGAAGAGGUCAGUUUCCGCGCCUGGGGAGAAGAAGCCUUCCGAAUCUGGGACGAAUGGCGCCGCAUCUACCCCCGCGGCUCACCCACCGAAACCUACCUGGACACCACCAAGAAUGACGCCUGGCUCGUCUGCGUCGUUGGCCAGCAGUUCGGCGCUGGAACCAAGCGCGGCUCGAAGGAGGAGGAAGACGAGGUCAAGUGGAUGUGGCGAGUGUUGGCGGGCGAGGAUGCUUAG